GGACUCAGUUUUAUUUUUAGUUUCAAACAGAACCCGUCGAAAUGAUCCUGAAGAUUGCAUUAAUUACCAUGUUCAUAUACUUCAUUCUUUUGAUUUUGUUUGGCGAAAUGAGAGAAAAGGAACCAACCUUUAAUUUUAUCCAAGAUAUGGAGCACUUCAAUGCCACGUUAGCACAGCUAUUAAAACCUCGUUACACUGGUGCUUUAGGACAUGAGCAGGUUAUUGAUUUCCUGAUGGCUCAUCUUAAAGAGUUGGGUUUUUCCGCCAUCGCCGAUGAUUUUUACGUGGAUGCCUAUUUUACUAAUGUGAUGGGUAUUUGGAAUAAAAAUGCAGAGGAGUUCCUGGUUCUGUCAUGUCACUUCGAUAGCCAAAAUCCUGGGGAGGGCGAUAACGCGACAUAUCUGGGAGCCACGGAUGGAGCUGUUCCCUGUGCUAUUAUCUUGAAUGUGGCCAAAACAUUGGGACCAUAUUUAAGAAGUAGUCUCAGAUCGAGACCAGAUAUAGGUAUUGUUUUAGUAUUUUUUGAUAAUUACAAACCUUUGCCGAAGUACCAUGUAGAUUUGAAUGUGUACGGGGGAUCACGUCACUUUAUUAUGAAUGAACCAAUUCCACUUCAUAAAAUUAUGCUUUUAAUCCACUUCAAUUUUAUUGGAGCAGCUAAUCAAACAUAUAAGAGUGGUUUUGAGGAAACCAAUUAUCUUCACGAUAAGAUUGCUGACAUAGAACGGGAGCUACAAGCAUCGGGAGAGAUAGAGGGCUCUCAUAUAUUAUUUCAAAAGGAGCCGAUUCAAUAUUAUGGUCUUCAAGGGGACUUUUAUCCCUUCUACAAACACGAUGUCCCUGUGCUAAAUAUAGCUCCUGAGCACUUCUUAGAGUUUCAUAAUACGCCAGGGGAUAAUGUCGACAAGCUGCAUUGGCCCACUAUCUCAAAUAUGAUCAAGAUAAUGCAAAAAUUUGUCCAUGGUGUUCUGGACAACUCGGUGUUCGAAUGGGAUGAUACCUUUCAUAUUUACCAUGAUACUUAA